AUGACUGCAGAAUCGUACAGCACAGCUAACGCCAAUGGCUUACGUUCGCCUGAUGGCCGGCCAAUGCAGCAAUUUCUGGUUGACACUAGGCUCUCUGCAAGAAAGAAGCUCCUCGCUUUGAGUCUCGAGCAAAAGGUUUCACUCCUCACCGCGGCAGAUUUUUGGAGGACAAACGCCAUACCCGAACACGGCAUCCCAGCUAUCAAGACUUCGGACGGUCCAAAUGGAGCUCGAGGCGCUAUGUUCAUUGGCGGCACCAAGGCCGCUCUGUUUCCUUGCGGGACCUCUUUGGCUGCCACUUGGAACAAAUCUCUUUUACGCACCAUUGGAGAGCAUUUGGCAGCAGAGGCUAAGGCCAGGUCAGCAGACUUGUUGCUUGCACCAACCGUGUGCAUGCAUCGUCACCCCCUUGGCGGCCGGAAUUUUGAGUCGUUCUCUGAAGACCCUCUCCUGACAGGAAAACUGGCUGCGCAGUACAUUCAAGGUCUCCAAGAAAAUGGUAUUGCCGCUUCAAUUAAGCACUUUGUUGGCAAUGAAGUGGAAACAGACAGGAUGAGUAGAGACUCAAUCAUCUCAGAGAGAGCCUUGCGUGAAGUAUAUCUCCGUCCCUUUGAGAUUGCCAUUCGGGAAGCACAGCCUUGGACAGUCAUGUCUUCAUACAACCUCGUCAAUGGUGUUCAUGCUGAUAUGAACUACAAAACGCUCAAACAUAUCCUACGAGGAGAAUGGGCCUACGAUGGAACUGUCAUUUCGGACUGGAGCGGCAUCAAUUCAACUGUCGAAUCCGUACGAGCGGGUUGUGACAUUGAGUUUCCACACUCAACGAAGUGGCGAUUUGACAAGCUUGUUGAGGCCGUGAAUGAGCAUCGAAUUGUUGAGCGCGUUAAACCAAGUGCGGACAUGUCGCCCGAGCGGCCUGAGCAGGAAGAGGAUCGUCAAGAAACGCGCCAACUUAUUCGUACGGCAGGACACGAAGGGCUUACGCUACUCAAGAAUGACGGAAUACUUCCAAUCUGCCCCAAGACGACAAAGAUUGCGGUUAUUGGACCCAAUGCCAAUCGCGCAAGUGCCAACGGAGGCGGCAGUGCCAGUCUAAAUCCGUACUACACAACCCUACCUCUAGACAGCAUCCGUCAGGUAGCUGGAGAGGUGAAAUUUGCUCAAGGCUGCUCGAUCCACAAGUGGUUACCAGUGGCUUCCAAAUAUUGCACGAAUAGCGCUGGCAACGUUGGCGUCGACAUUGACUGGUACGCUGGCGAUAGGUUUCACGGCGAACCUGUGGUUACUCAGCAACGCAACCAUACAGACUUGUUCCUCUGGGACUCAGCGCCGAUUGACAAAGUCGGUCUAGAGUGGUCAGCCAUCGUAAAGACCUCUCUAACGCCCACAGCAUCUGGCAAACAUUCCAUCAGCUUCAUGAGCGUUGGCCCUGGUAAACUAUAUGUCGAUGGUCAGCUCGCGCUCAACUUAUGGGAUUGGGCUGAUGAGGGAGCAACCAUGUUUGAAGGAUCAAUGAAUUAUAUCAUCGAUGUUGAAAUGCAGGCAUCCAAGCCGGUGCAACUUAUGGUCGAGAUGACAAACGAGCUACGCCCGCUAGCCAAGCAAAAGCAGCUCGGCGUUACCCAUAAGUUCGGCGGCUGUAGAAUCGGCUUUAAGCAACAGGAUAAGGGUGACUCCAUCCAAGAAGCUGUUGCAAUAGCCCGGGCUGCAGACGUUGCCAUUGUCGUUGUUGGGCUCGAUGCCGAGUGGGAAUCAGAGGGCUACGAUCGUGAUUCAAUGGAUCUAUCCGGUGAGCAAGACGCACUCAUCAAGGCAGUAGCUGCGGCCAAUCCUCGUACAGUGGUAGUCAACCAGUCUGGAAGUCCUGUUUCCAUGCCCUGGGUCGAUGAGGUGGGAGCCAUCAUCCAGGCCUGGUAUCAGGGCCAAGAAGCGGGCAAUGCGUUGGCGGAUGUGCUUUUUGGGCUGGUCUGCCCCAGUGGUAAACUUCCUACUACUUUCCCACGACGCAUAGAAGAUACUCCGGCAUGGCCCACCUGGCCUGGAGAGAAUCUCCGUGCCGUGUACGCAGAGGGUUUGUAUGUUGGGUACAAGCACUACGACCAGAACCGUAUUGAGCCACUAUUUCCAUUCGGCCAUGGCCUGUCUUAUACGAAAUUUGAGCUGAGCAUCACGAAUACUGGCGCAGUAGCAGGAGCAGAAACUGUACAAUUUUACGUCCGAGACGAGAGCAGUCGAUUUCCACGACCUAUCAAAGAGCUUGUAGCGUUCGAAAAGGUGUUCCUAGAGCCGGAUCAAACUGCAUCAGUCAUCGUUAAUCUGGACAAAUACUCCGUUGGGUAUUACGACGACAGCAUUUCCGAAUGGAUCGCCGAGAAGGGUGCGUUUGAGGUUAUGAUUGGAGCGUCCAGCGCUGAUAUAAGGCAUCGGGCUUGUAUUCGAGUUGACGAAGAUUUCACUUGGCUGUUCUAA